CACUGACUAACUAACUGUGACUGACUGAGACGGUGGCAGCAGCGAGAGGAGUAAACGUAAAGUCCGGUUAUUGUCUUCGGAUUUCGAAGACCUUCGCCGCUUUGGCCGACAUCGGCGAGUAGAAAGUCAGCGAACGAACGGCGAAACGGACUAGUUUCAAGAACGCGAACGCUCGCAAUGUCCAUUUUCCAAGUAGUUUAAUCCCUCUGAAGUUGCUUUCCAUCGAGUUCUUCGUGUGAAUGUCUAAAAAUGGACAGCUGUUGGUUUGUGUUCGUGCUCUUCGUGGCAGUUUUCGUGGCGCAAGUGUGUUGCCAGGACGACGACGAUGGACCGUACCGUGGAAAGUACUUGGGGAAACUGAACUCGUACCAUCACCAAGUCUCCGGAGACGUUUACGCCGUCAACGACACGACUUUUCUACUGAUCGGCUUCAAUUACGAUGGGAACGGUGCGGACACCUUCUUCUGGUCUGGGGCGGCGAACAGACCCGGACCUCAGGGUUUCAUCGUCUCCGAUGAAUUCGGAAAAACGAACGUGCUGAAUCGUUACUUCAACAAGGACUUUACGCUCACUCUGCCCGAGAAGAAGAAGAUCACCGACAUCAAAUGGUUCGCGAUCUACGAUCUCUGGAGUCAGAACACUUUCGGCGAUAUCUACAUACCGGAAGAAUUCGAACCUCCGGUUCUUCAAACUAUCUCACAAUUAACAUCGAAGACGCACAGAGUCAGUUCGGGUAGUAUAGAGAUCGUCGAUUCGAAGACGCUCAGGAUUCCCGAGUUCAGAUUCGAUGGAAAAUCGAAGACGGCGCAUUUCUGGGUCGGAGUUGGACCGCAGCCAGGAUCGAAGGGUUCGAGAGUUCCGGACGAGUACGGAUACUUGGAUCCGUUGAGAGAGUACAAAGGUGAGACCAUAACACUCGUGUUACCAGGAGAUGUAACGAUCUUCAACAUCGAUUGGUUCAGCGUUUACGAUGUGGAGACGAAUUUGAAUUUGGGUUCUCUGAUCAUCCCCGACGGAUUGAACGUGCCGCCAUCUCUCGUCAGAGUUAUCCCGCACAAAAACGAUUUGCCCAAUUGCCUUCAACUGCACAAAGACUUUCAAGUGUCGUGGGAAGUGUUCGGUCCAGCCGUCACCAUUCAAUUGGCCGGACAAGUCAAGGAAUCCGAGUACAUGGCUUUCGGUAUUUCCGGGGAUUCCGGAAAAUCGCAGAUGCUCGGAUCGGACGUGGCCGUGGCUUACAUCGACGGUUACCUAGGAUACGCGGAUGAUUACAACGUGACAGCUCUGUCACCGUGCAUCAAAGUGUUGGGACAGCACAAGGGCGUCUGCAAGGAUGAGGUCGUCGGCGGACAGAACAACAAUCAGCUUCACACGGCGAUCAGGGAGAACGGCAUCAACAUAAUCACCUACAGAAGAUCGUUGAUUUCGUCCGAUAACGGCGAUAAGACUGUCGACACGGAGGAGGAUACUUACGUGAUUUGGGCCUUGGGUAGAUUGGAUCACAACAAGGAGCCCGCCUUCCACGACGUCUACCCGAAAGCGGACGUAAAAUUGAAUUUCGGCAACAAAGAUCCGACGAACAAUUGCUUCUCUUUCACGUCUUCGGAACCGGAACCGUCGGAGCCAUGGGAGAAGGGUCAGAUCUACGAUCGAACGAUACGUACCUUCAACGCUUACAUCGGACCAUCCGCAGGAAAGAAAGGCUAUCAAGCGAUCACAGGGCAACCGGCAACUACCAUGGCUUGGUACAUCAACGGUUACCUAGCGCCGGAGAUUUGGUUGAGGCGCGGCCUGACGUACGCUUUCAAAGUGCGCGGUGGAAACAAUCCGCACAGCGCAGAGUUCUACCAUCCUCUGGUGAUAACGGAUGAAAAGCACGGCGGUUACGAUAAGCUAACAGAUGAGGGUCAAUCGAAGGUCAGAGUAUUAGCGGGAGUUGAGUAUUCGAGGAGAGGAAGACCGAAACCCAUCGCGGCUGGUCCACUUUGCCUUUCAAAGCAUCGCGAAGGCAAGGACAGGAGGUUGGACGACGAUUUCGUCUCCUUCAAGAAGUUCAACAGAUCUCUGGUGUACUCGUGCGAGGAGGGCGCUGCGGGCGUUCUCGAGAUCACUCCAAACACGACGUGGCCGGAUAUAGUUUACUAUCAUUCCUUCACGCAGGCCAACAUGGGCUGGAAGAUCCACAUCAUCGACUCCUUCGCACGAUCCUUCACCUCCUCCGCGGCCAUACCCAAUCUCAACUCGAUACUCUUCCUCCUGAUGCCAUCGAUAUCUUCUAUUUAUUAUCUGUUUAUUUUUUAAGUAGAUCUUAAUAACUGUUUCGCACCACGAAAUAAUCUAGUUUUAAAUAAAUCGAUAACUAU